UUGCCGCGCUACGAUUAUCGCUGUACGGAGUGCUCCACCGAGUUCGAGUUGGUUCAGAAAUUCAGUGAGGCCGGCCAGGGAGAAUGCCCGUCGUGCAGCGGCGCCGGUCAGCGUGUCUUCCACGCGGUGCCGGUGAUCUACAAGGGCAGCGGCUUCUACACCACCGACUACGGCCGGCCCAAACGCCCCGUAGAGAAAGAGGACAGCAAGGAAUCGGCCUCAGAAUCCUCGUCCUCGUCGUCCAACGGCAGCAGCGAAGGAGAGUCCAAGUCAAGCGACUCCGGCUCCUCCUCGGACACGCCGGCGCCGGCCGCAGCCGCCAGCGGCGAUUCCGCCUAG